CAACGGCGAAUCAAUUCGAGUAGCGCGGCCGCUGUGGUCCUCAAACUGGUACAUUUACUACAUUGCUGGCCAGCAACUUUAAAGGCAGGGGAUAGAAACGUCACCUGCGAUCUCGGGAGUCUUAUUUAAGUCCCGACGGCCACAGACUACAAGUCCAUUGAUCAAUUGGCGUGCUGUUGUCCCGUUCAAGGCCCUUCCUUCUACCUGAAUGCCAUUCUUGCGUCAAUUCAGCACAAGCAGCGCCAGAAUCCUGAAAAUGUCGUUCGAUCGUAUCGUCCGCUUCGUGCCCAAGGGCGCUAGCAGUGUUCUUAUCGGCGAGCCAGUUGACAGCUCCGUCGACGUCGGCGCUGCGGUCCGCAAGGGCGAGGAUGUUCAGGUCAAGGUGUUUAGCGGAAAGUCGGUGCUGGACGCUGGCUCGCCGACGGGUGAAACCGCUGUCAUCGACCGAAUUCUCUCCCCUCUAGCGCAGGAGGAGGUUGGGACCAUCAGAUGUAUAGGGCUGAACUACAAGAGACAUGCAGAAGAGGCCAAAAUGACCAUUCCGGAAAUCCCGACUCUCUUCCUCAAGCCUGCAACCUGCCUCGCGGACCCGUGGCCAGCGCCGACCAUCAUACCCAAGCACACCAUCGCCAGUGACUCGGCCGACUACGAGUCGGAGCUGGCCGUCGUCCUCGGCAAAGACGCCAAGAACGUGUCCGAGGCGGACGCCCUCGACUACGUGCUCGGGUACACGGCCAGCAACGACAUCUCGAGCCGGGCGUCGCAGUUUGCCCAGUCGCAGUGGUGCUACUCAAAGGGGUUUGACGGGGCGUGCCCGCUGGGUCCCGUCCUCGUGUCCAAGAAGUUGGUGCCGGACGUGGGCCAGCUCAAGAUGAGAGGGUUGAAGAAUGGGAAGGUGAUGCAGGAGAGCCCGUUGACUGACCUGAUUUUCUCGGUUGCCCAGACCGUAAGCUUCUUGUCGCAGGGAACUACACUGCCCAAGGGCACCGUCAUUAUCACCGGCACGCCGGCUGGGGUCGGCUUCGCCAAGAAGCCGCAGGAGUUCCUGCACGACGGGGAUGAGUUUGUGGUGGAGAUUCUGCCGCACAUUGGGAGCUUGUACAACGUGAUGCAAAACGAGAAAUGAAUCCAAAUUGGGAGUCUGUCUGUUUUGUUAAUUCCCACUUCUGAUGUUCAUCAUACACCCCGAGCUCAAGAUAAGACAUGACUUAAUUAGAGUCCCAAAUUCUGCCUGGCUUCGAUGCCAAAUUCUGCCUGCCAUUCUAGUCUAGGAUACUGGGGAGAUGCUCCUUGAUGUACUCAACUACCGCAUCCGGGCCCUUCUCUACUUGCAAGCCCUGUGGCAACGAAAAUGUCUUUAGAUCAGG